UCCGCCUUGUCCUACAAGGCUCCAACCACUGGGCCCGUCCGCCUCGGAGUCCCCUGGGCGCCAGCAGCCGGGAGGCGCGGCCCCGGGGCGCGGGCGCGAUGAGCGCGGCGCACGGCGGAUCGGUGCGGACGCUGCGGGUGCCGGGCCGCCACGGCUACGCCGCCGAGUUCUCCCCGUACCUGCCCGGCCGCCUGGCCUGCGCCGCCGCGCAGCACUACGGAAUCGCGGGCUGUGGAACUCUGCUAAUAUUGGAUCAAGAAGAAUCUGGGCUUAGGAUUUUUAGAAGCUUUGACUGGAACGAUGGUUUGUUUGACGUGACCUGGAGUGAGAACAAUGAACAUGUCCUGGUCACUUGUAGUGGGGAUGGCUCGCUGCAGCUCUGGGACACCGCCAAACCCACAGGGCCACUGCAGGUCUACAAGGAGCACGCUCAGGAGGUAUAUAGUGUUGAUUGGAGCCAAACCAGAGGUGAACACCUUGUGGUAUCUGGUUCAUGGGAUCAAACUGUCAAAUUGUGGGAUCCAAAUGUUGGCAAGUCUUUAUGCACCUUUAGAGGCCAUGAAAGUGUCAUUUAUAGCACAAUCUGGUCUCCCCACAUCCCUGGUUGCUUUGCUUCAGCCUCAGGUGAUCAGACCCUGAGGAUUUGGGACGUGAAGGCAGCAGGAGUCAGAAUUGUGGUUCCAGCACAUCAGGCAGAAGUUUUGAGUUGCGACUGGUGUAAAUACAAUGAGAAUUUGCUGGUGACGGGGGCAGUUGAUUGUAGUUUGAGGGGCUGGGACUUGAGGAAUGUUCGACAACCAGUGUUUGAACUGCUUGGUCACACCUAUGCUAUCAGGAGAGUGAAAUUUUCACCAUUUCAUUCUUCUGUGCUGGCUUCAUGUUCCUAUGACUUUACUGUAAGAUUCUGGAACUUUUCAAAGCCUGACCCUCUUCUUGAAAUAGUGGACCAUCAUACAGAGUUUACCUGUGGUUUAGAUUUAAGUCUUCAGAGCCCUACUCAGGUGGCUGACUGUGCUUGGGAUGAAACGAUAAAGAUAUACGAUCCUAUUUGCCUUACUGUGCCUGCUUGAGACACACUACUCUGGUCAGAAACAAAGAACAUUGGCUGAAGAACUACUUACCAGGAAAUAAAUUAACUAUUGAUAACAUAGUCAUUAUGCUUUUAUAUGCUAUUCAGAUUUCAAAUGUUAAAAACUUACCCUGAAUCAGUUUAGAGGCAGCUGAUACAGACUUUGGCUCACCCUUUAAGCCUGACACAUAAGCCAUAUUUCUUAAAAUUCUAAGGAAUAAUUGAUGUUAUGGUAUAUCUUACAGUAUCUGUUGAAAUGUAAACUCUGUGUUAUAAAAUGGAUGAAAAUUUGAUUGAUAUAGGUUAUAUAGGUAGGGAUAUAUUUUAUUUUUAAUUUGUCAUUUUUGAUGUGAAAUAUAAUCACUGCUGUUGAUAAAAAUAAAUUGCAUCUCUUGAUCACUUAUCAUUUUA